AUGGGUACCGUCGAGCCUGAGACUGAAAAGGAACAAGUACCUCCGCCGCAAGAUGAUUUCCCGGAUGGUGGAAUUAAGGCAUGGGGAGUUGUUGUUGGGGCUUUUUCUGUGCUGUUUUGCACGUUUGGGUAUUUGAAUGCUUAUGGUGUAUAUCAAGAUUAUUACCAGAGCCACCAGCUGAGCCAUGAGUCGUCGUCUACUAUUUCAUGGAUUGGAUCGGUACAGGUAUUCUUUCUCUAUGCCGGGGGUGUGAUAGGAGGGCCGUUGUUCGACCGGAUAGGUGCCAUUAUCAUCUUCCCUCCAGCAUUGUUCCUCGUCUUCGCCGUGAUGAUGACAUCCCUCUGCAAAGAGUACUACCAAUUCAUGCUUGCCCAAGGGAUUCUAGGUGGUCUCUGCUGCGGCAUGAUGUUCGCGCCGGCCAUGGCUGCUGUUGGACAGUAUUUCCGGACCCGUCGAGCUCUGGCUAUGGGGAUAGCGGUUAGCGGAUCCUCGCUUGGUGGUGUGGUUUUCCCGAUUGCUUUAAACAAUUUGUUCCAGAUCCGCAAUAUCGCGUUUGGUUGGGGAGUGCGGAUCGUGGGAUUCAUCAUCCUAGCGCUUCUAGCGAUUGCAUGCGCCACGGUCCGAAGACGCUUUCCUCCCCGUAAGGGAAAUAUAUUGGUAUUAUCAGCCUUCCGUAACCCCAGUUACAUCUUAACAAUUGCCUCCCUCUUCUUCCUAAUCUGGGGCAUGUUCACCCCCUUCUUCUACAUCGAAACCUACGCGAUCUACCGCGGCAUGUCUCCCCGCCUAGCUUCCUACAUGCUCUCCAUUCUCAACGCCGCCUCCAUAAUCGGCCGCAUAAUCCCCGGCCUCCUCGCCGACCAAUUCGGCAACUUCACGCUCCUCUCCAUCUCCGGAGCCUGCACGGGAGUCCUCCUGCUCUGCUGGAUGGAGGUUAAAUCGAACGCCGCAAUUAUCGUGUUUGCAGCGCUAUAUGGGUUUUGUUCGGGAGCGAUUGUGUCGUUACUAUCGCCUUGUAUUGCGCAGAUCGCGCCGCAUCCGAGCUUGAUUGGGGCGUAUUUGGGGAUGGCGUUUUUGAUAGUGGGGGUUUCGGGGUUGACGGGGACGCCAAUUUGUGGGGCGCUUAUUGAUGGGUAUGGAUGGUGGGCUGCGAUGGUGUUUAGUGGGGUUGCUGUUUUUGUGGGGGCCGGGCUGGUGCUUGUUACGAAGUUGGCAUUGAGGCGUACGAAUUAG